AUCAGAAUUCCCCCGAGAAUGUCGACAUGGGUGUCUGUCGGUUGGUGGCGUGGCGGUGGCUCACCAGGUUUGCAUGCAGCAAGCAUGCUUUCCAGAAUCUUGCAUUUUCUCAAACAACACGAUUCGCGACACGUUAUUUAUCAUGGUGUCUAUACCAGUUAUGUUUUCAACCUUGCUAGUUAGAACCCCCACAACCCGAUUCUGUGUCUCUAAUCCGUCAUUAGUCAGAUGGCGCCACGCUGGCCAAUCCUAGCAGCGCUGUUUUUCCUCUUCCUCGGCCAAGUCGCAGGCGGUCUCUUACCAUUCCCCUUACCGAUUCCUGUUCCUGGCGUCGGCUCUGGUGGUACCGUGUGCACGUGGAAGCAAUUCGUCGGGGAGAUGAAGCAGCUGCGGAAAGCCUUAGCAAAACGGCCGAGGAAAUACCGGGUCAUGGCUCUCGUGCUGAAACGAGCGAUCAAGGAGCUCGAGGGCGACACGUCCGUUCCUGGAGUCCCAACAACCACACUUCUUAUCCCCACCAAUCGUGCCAUUGUAUUGGCGGGUUUGGACCCCCGUAACUUAUGGGGUCUAAUCACAGGCUCUAAGAAGGUCGGGGAUAUAGUAAAGGUGAAUACAAUUCCUGGUUCCUAUAGCUACAGUACCUUCAAGUCAACUCCUAAAGGUACAGGAAUCCAAACAAUGCAUUCUAAAAAGAAGAUCGCGAGAUAUGAAGGGUCUGAUGGACUUGCAGGUUGGAAGGGGACAGGGAUGAGCUUGGGUGUAGUUGGUUUGGGCAGACGAGCUGAGAUAAUAAGCAAAGAUGUGUACAAAGGCCAGUGCCUUGUUGCACAAGGCGUCAGUAGAGUUCUUCAGCCAGAGAAGUGAUGCUGGUGCAGCUGUCCCACAUGCCAUAGUUUUGCGUGCUCCUAGCGUGCUACAUUUACGGAUGACCUUUCAGCAUGCUAUGCUCUAUCCAUUAGCUAGCAAUAUAUUAUUCUAGUGCAAUGAUUGAGGUUGGUUAAUGUGGUGUGAGGAUUUUCUUUGAGGCUCUAUCACGUGAUAUCCUUCAAAUACUACACGAUGUAACACAGGACAGCUCAGGUAUGCUAAAAGCCAGUCGACCAUUCAUUUCCAGAGUUCGCCACAGCCGAUUUCCUUCGCGACAUUGCGGGUUUGAGCUACACCACGAGCCGCCAGAUUGCUUCCCUUCCCUCCCUUUUCCCUCUCCCUCGAUUUCUCCGCUCACUCUCCCUCCCACCAGCAAUUCCCAAGGCUUGACCUUUCUUCCUUGCUCAGUUUCUGGCUUUUCUCUCAAUGGCUCGCUUUUGAGGGUCUCUGAUUCUAUACACAAUGUUAGUCUAAGCUACUGCGAUGUUGCUUCUAGUAACCUUGGCAUUGGCGCUUCCGUCAACGGUUAACCUUUAUCCAGGGUUGUCCUGAAAUGGUCGUGCCUGGUGCUGGCGACUUGCUGCUGUUUUUUAGGGCUCGAACACUCGCGUAUACUUCUUACGGACCCGCAUCGCCCGCUAAGUUUAUUUAUGAACUGACUGUGAGUCUCGUUCGAUCAUAUCAAUGUCCGGUCCUGCUUCAGAAUUUAGUCUUGCUUCAUUGGCUCCGAGCCGCGACGGGAUCCAUGGACCAGCACAACCAUCAACAUUCCGGCCAACUCAACCACCAACUCAACCACCAACUCAGUCAUCAGCACCUGAAGCUACGGAUGCAGCCGCAUCCGCAGCGGCUGAAGCUCCCGCGUCAACCCCAAGUCACCAGUUCGCGUCCUCGUUAGUAGCAGACCCGGAACUCGCGGGAAGAGUCCAGCAGAUGACUGCCAGCGUGGCGGAGCAGAUUGUGAAGGACUCCGCGAUCCGCGCGAGCUAUGCGGAGAUGCGAUUGGCUGUUCUGGAGCAAACGCUGGGAGAUGUGAAGGAGAAAGCAGCCACUAUGCUGGAGAGAAUGCAGCUAAAUGUCGAUGCUAAGACCAAGCAGCUGGAGCAGCGGCUGCUGGAGAACAAGAAGCAGGCAGAAAAGCUAGAGGCCAAGCUGAAAGCCCUUGAAGCACAGAACGCAGGAGGCACUAACCCCCUACCUGCCGCUGCUGCUGCUGCUGCUGCUGCUGCCUCUGGCGCUGGUGCCGGCACUGCCACUGGUGCUGGCGCUGGCACUGCUGCUGCUAUCCCUUUUGCCUCGCUUUCCUCUCGGCCUGCACCAUCCCCAAUCAAGCUGCUUCACUCCACAAGCUUCGGAGCCACAGGGACCUCAGGCUUAGCCCUGCGCCUCCCUUCCUUCUACACCCUCGGAGUCCCUCUCUCCCCAACCGGACGUGGAGGCUCGGCGCUUGGUUCGGGGGUUUCCAGGCCUGGGCCGGGGGUGCCUGCAGGUGGACCUGGCCUUGGACCUAACCUGGGACCUGGGGGUAGAGGAGGAGGAGGCGGCGGGGGGUCAUUAUCGUUAGGGUUUGGUCAGGGGGGGAUCACUCCUGCUGUGGCUGCUCUCACAGGAAUGGCUCCCAGCCGAGCGUCGGGUGGAGUUUCCAGGGUAAAUUCCCCUGAGGUUUUUCCCAAUAGCCGCAGCGAUGGCAGCACGGGUGGUGGUGGCGGGUUUGGUGGGGAUGCUUCGAUGCGCGUUGCGCUGUUCACCUUGCAUGAUGACGGGUGGGGGGGCAGGGAGGGGUUGGCGGAUGGAGCCGUGAGUGUGCCUGUGGAUGCUAUAGAUGAUACCACGUACCUGACCUGGGCUGCCCAGCGCCAGCACCAUGGCAGCUACAGCCUACAACUCGUGGGCAACGGCGUCCCUCCUCCUCCUCCUCCUCCAUCUCCUCUUCUUCCCCCGUUUCAAACUCUCCUUGCUCCUCCGAACACUCUCCAGUGGCCCUCUGACACCUCACUAAGUGCUGCUGGUGCCUCUGCUGCUGGUUCUGGCGUUCGGGCUGCUGCUGUGGCUGCAGGGGCGAGGGUUUUGGCCUCGGGGGCAGCGCAUGUUCCAGGGGGGAAAUCUGCCCCUCCUUCCCCAGCUGUGGUUCCUCACCCGCGCGCUCUUGGCUUCGUGGCUGUUGAUGACGUCGCCCUGAUGGCACUUGAGCCGACUCAAAGCGAGGCGACUCACAGGGAGACGCCCCAAAGGGAGACGCCUCAAAGGGAGGCUCCUCAAAGGGAGGCUCCUCAGCACGAGACUAGUCAGACGGCAGCUGUUCAGCCAAGGGCUCUUGGCUUCGUGGCUGUUGAUGAUGUCGCCCUGAUGGCACUUGAGGCGACUCAAAGCGAGGCACCUCAAAGGGAGGUGACUCAGAAGGAAACAUCGCGGAAGGCAUCUGCUCAACCAAGGGCUCUUGGAUUCUUGGCUGCUGGAGGCGCUGCACUGACCCUAAACCCUCAGGCAGGAAACGGGGAAGCUGUGUGGAAAGGGGCAGCAUCAGAUCGUUCAGCUCCUACCAUGGCUGAUGCAGCAGCACCUGCAACAACCGCCGCCACAGCAGCAGCAGGAGCAGCAGCAGCAGCAGGCCGUUCAAUGGGCGCCACAGGUGGAUUCUUUAGGCACUCAGACGGUAGCACAGGAGUAGAGGCAGCAGCAGCAGAUAGUGCAGUACUCACUACAGCAGAAGUAGUGACUGGUUCAGUCGGUGCUAGAGCAGCAGCAGCAGCGGCGGCGGCGGCGGCGGCUGGGGGAGGAGGAGGUGACUCCACACCUGUAGCGGGAGUGGUGCCAGCCGCAGGAGUGGUAGGAGUAGCAACAGGAGCAGCGACUGCAGUAGCAGGAGAAAACGGAUUCGUUGAGCAAAUGGCAAGAGCAGCAGCAGGAGGAAGAGGAGAAGCAGCAGCAGCAGGGGGAGGAGGAGGAACAGGAGGAGCAGGAGGAGCAGGAGCGUCACUGACAGGAGUAGCAGGAGCUGGAAGGGACGCAGGAUUGGACAAGUCACUAGUUGUUCCUGGUACUGUGGCUGUUACUGGUCCUACUGUGGCUGCUGCUGCCGUUCCUGCUGCUGCUGCCGCCGCCGCGGGUACGUCUAAAGGCAAGGGUAUGAAAGAGGCAAAGAAGCCGGGUCAGGGGGAAGCAGGGCAGGUCAAGGCAAAGGGAGACGGGAAGCAAAAGGCGAAGGAUGUGACUCAAUGGGGGGUGAAUGCAACGAAAGGGGCUGGAAGGAAGAUUCAAGGAAAGGAGGCAAUGGGAAUGGAGAUAGCGGCCAGAAAGGACACAGGGGCUGGAGCACAGGGCCUGGCGACUGUAAGGGAGCUCCUGGCGCCUGAAGCAAAGCGCCUAAAAUCACCACCGAAAACGGGUGCAUUAGCUGCUGCUGCUGCUGCUGCUCCGGCUGCUCUUGCUUAUCGCACUUAUCCUGAAGGUGGUGUACCGGAAAAUAUGGAUAUCGAAGGACAAGGUGGGGAGGAGGAGAAUUGGGAGGAGCAUGGGGGGGAAAACGGGGGGGAGCAUGGGGAGGAGAAUGAGAUUGAUCCUACAGAGUUGUUGCUUGUAGCUGCAGCCGUGCAGGGGCUGACUUGUGGGGCGGAGAGGAGAGGAGGAGGGGAGGAGGAGGGAGAGGAGGGGCUGGAUGGUGGGAUGGAGAGGGGGGGAUGGGAAGGGGUAGAGGAGGAGGGAGAAAGGGUGGGAGAGGAGGAGGGAGGUGAGGAGGGAGCGGAAUGCGGAAUGGAGGAGAAAAAUGGUGGAUCUGGGCAGGUGAGUGAGGAGGAUGAGGAGGCGACAAAGGAGGAUGAAGUGGAGGGAGAGGUGGAGGAAGAGGAGGAGGAAGAAGAGGAGGAAGAGGAGGAGGAAGAAGAGGAGGAAGACGAGGAGAAAGAAGAGGAGGAAGACGAAAAUGCGGAAGAAGAGGAAGAAGAGGAGGAAGAUGUGAGAGAAGGAGGGAAAUCGGAAUCUGGGACGGAGGAGAGGGAACAAGGUGGCGAGCUAUUAGAGCUUCUGCUAAUGAGUGUGGAUGAGAUAAGCAAACAGGAGAAGGAGGAGAAGGAGGAGAAAGAGGAGGUGGUUGAGGUGCAGGAGCAGAAAGAGAAAGAGGAGAAAUGGGAGACGGAGGAGAAAGGGAAGAACGAAGGCAGGUGGCGGCACCAAAGACGGAAGAAGAAAACAACAGCAGGAACAAGACCCACAGCAGACACAAAAUCACCAGACGCGAAAUCAGCAGCACCAGCAGCAGCAGCAGCAGCAGCAGCAGCGGUGGCCCCGGCAGCAGCAGUUUCUGGAGAGGGGAGAGUUGUUGAGGAAGGGCGGGGGGCAGUCAGGAAGCAACCUGUGAAGCGGAAACGAAUGGAUGCCGUGGGAAAAAUCCUAGAGACUAGCCUUGGGGCACCUCAAAGCAAGGGGGGAACCGAGAUGGGAGCUGCUCUCAAGCCCACUAAGGUGGCGAAGGAACUAGAGUUACCAGGAACUAAGAUGGUGGUUGGGGUUGGUGGCAAAGUGACUGUCCCUGGGCAAAGUAGGUUGGUAAGGGAAGAGGAGGAGAACAAGGGGGGGAGGGUGGUUAGAGGGAGAGGGACGAAGGGUUCAACAGCAGCAGUCAGGGGAGGGGCUUUGGCUGUAGCAGUUGAAGCAGAAAGAGAAGCAGCUGCAGCAACAGCGCUGGCUGGGGGGAGCAGGGGAAUGAGAGGGGGAAGGACAGCGGCAGGAUUUGGACGGGGUAGAGGAGAGAGAGGGAGGGGAAGGGGCAAGGAGAGACAUGGUGGUGUGGGUGCUGCUGCUGCUGCUGGCCCUACUGCGGGUGGUGGUUCUGGUGCUAGUUUGGCUAUUCCAACAGGAAAGGGGACGGCUGCUGUGCAAGUUCUAAAAGGCAAGGAGGCAGCGACUGCAGCUAAGGGGGAAAGGGGAGAAGGGUUGGCUGCUGGUUCCAAGAAAGUUGGAAUAGGGAAGAAGGAAGGGGGAACGCAGGAGGAGGAGGAUAGGGAGGCAAUGGUGUUGAGGAUACUCCGUGGGCAGGGAAGCAUCAAGGGGGGAGGGAGUGCGGUUAAGAGGAAACGAGCAAGACGCCAUGAGGGGGAGGCAAAAAAGCGGAAAGGGGCAGGUGAAACUGGAGGGGGGGCAGCAGGCGAAGAAAUUUCUGGGGAAGAGGAAGGAGGCUCGGUGGUAGGGGAAAUGGUGGCUGAAAGUAGCAGAAAGGGCAAAGGGGAUGAGGAGAUAAAGCAAGGUCCUGACAGUUGCAGCAGCGGAAAGGGGAAAGUGGCUGAGGGUGGUGUGAGGGAGUGUAGAGAGGGUGAGGGCAUGGAAGGAAAUGGGGGGGUGAUGGAAGGAGAUGGGGAGGUGAUGGAAGGAGGUGGGGGGAUGAUGGAAGAGGGAUUGGGAGGAGGCGAGGAAGGGACAGGGCGAGUGGUGGAAGGAGAGGGGGCGAUACUAAGGGAGCAUUUUUGGGAGAGGGAUAAUAAGGGAUUUGGAGAGAGAAGGGAGGGCGAACGGGAGAGGAGGGGAGAGCGAGAGUUAGGGGGGGAGGCAGCGAUGGCUGGGCGGGAUGCAGGACAAGCAGCAGGAGGAGCAGCAGGUGGAGCAGCAGGAGAAGGAAAGUUGGAAGGAGGGAGGAAGGGAGAGAUGGAAGGGAAGAGAGAAGGAGCAGACCAGAGAGAGGGAAGGUGUGCAAAGGAGGGAAGGGGAGCAGAGGAGGGAGGGCGUGAUUGGACGAAUGAGGAGGAAGAAGUAGUAGAAGAAGUGGGGUGUGCUGAAGGGGAAGGGCGCGAUCAACGGAAGGAGAGGCAUGAUGAGGUGGUGGCAGUCGAGCGUGGAGAGAAAGUGGUGGUAGAGAAAGCAGCGAGGACCGCUGUGCACGAAGCAGGGGGAGUGGUCGCACAGGAAGCACGGCACGUGGCGGCUCAAAGUGAAGGGCACGUGGCGGCUCAAAACGAAGGGCACGUGGCGGCUCAAAACGAAGGGCACGUGGCAGCUCAAAACGAAGCAGGCAGAGAAGCAGAGACGGGGCUUAUGGCUCUAGGAGCCUAUAACAGUCAGCUCAGGGGAUUCUCUCCCCAUCUCACUGCAGGGGGAGCUAAGGGGGCAGGGACCAGUGCUGGAAAUGGCUCUAUCGCUGCUGCUGCUGCUGCUGCUGCUGCUGCAGGGAAUGGUGCUAUCCCUGCUUUUGCAGCCGCUGCUGCUGGCACUGGUUCUGGGGGGUCGAUCCAGGAGGGUAAAGGCGUUUCGGAGUGUUGAGAACAGAAAGCGGUGAAGGGGCAGGGGUGGGGGUCUUAGGAGGAAUCGGGGGAGCGGGUGGAGUAGGGAGCAAGGGAGGAAUUUUAGAAACGCCUGGGGUGACUGUUGGUGAGAAUGUUCGGGGAAAUGCUGGGGGAAAUGCUGGGGGGAAUGCUGGGGGCGAUGCUGGGGGGAAUCCUGGGGAAACCCAUGGGGAGUCUGCUGCUGCUGCAGGAGCUGGGCAGGAGGCAGGGGCAGGCACUCGGCACAGCCAACGGCUGGGAGGCAGACAGAUCUCAGGGAGGUGGAGCCGGAGGUACGACGGUUAACUUGCCGCCAAGGCCAUUGACUUCUGAUGAGCCCCGUCAGAAAUACCAUAGGUAGCUACUGGCUGAUCUUGACUUCUGAUGCGUGUCAAAGAAAUGGCAUCUGCUAGCGGCUUUUGCUGUAGUUUGAUGCAGUGAGAGAACAAAUCAAGUCCAUGCAGGAGACAGUGGGUGGUUGGCUUUGGUUGGCAUCUUGUGGACAAAGUCAGGCUUUUUACCGUAUGACUCGUUACGCUAACAAGGAACAAGCUUGCAAACUUCCACACCACUCUGACAAUGUUU